AUGUCGGCGAUACACCCCCCUUGGGUUCCUUCACAAGAUGACCAUCGUUCCACCAGCGACAGCGAUCUAAUCUGCCAAGAUGAAAGCUUAGAAAUAUACACACCAGCCAACUUUUCAACCUUGACUUCACCAGACGUGGACAUAUCUGCUUCCAAAGUCACCCCUGGGCCUCCCGCCAUCCCACGUACCAAUGAUACCAGCCUCGAUCGGCACUGCAGCGCAGGCCGUAGUCAUCAGCCACACCUCCGUCAUUUGCCGGCCGUAGGAUCCCGGAUUGCGACCUCGGGUGCUCUCCAUACGGUGUCUCGAGUGCGCAAAGAAUGCCGCCGACAGCAUACCCAUCCUGCCAUCACCAACCUGCCUCGCUUCCCUUUGGUCCGGAUCCUGGGUGCACCAGGAUGCGCAAACCAAGCAGUUACCGAGAGCCUGACUAGAGGCCCUGGUUCAGUCCAGCGACAGACGGACUGGGAGGACUCGGAGCAUCAAAUGGUCUUGGACGAUGCGGCAUCAGGAAGCAUUUCUCACCGCUCCAGAUGGGAUGCGCCGAAUUCCUGGUUCAAUUUUCCCUCUGAGCUUCGCAACCAGAUCUACGAGUACAUGAUCCAGCUGCCGACCUCGCACGAGCUGUAUGCCGAGUACUACAAACAGAUACGGGCAUACCUUUCUCGCCAAUCGCAGCGGAGAUGCGGCGUCAGUGGUAGCAGCAGCGACGACAAGACGGACCGACGAAAUGACGAGCCCUUCCCCACGUACAGGGCCAACCUGAGGACACCAAGCAUCCUCCUCGUGUCACGCGCCAUCACGGACGAGUGCCUAUCCAUCUUCCGGACGCGCACCCUGACCGUCGACCGCAUUCCGCCCUGGGUCCCCGGCGCGGCCGGCCCGAUGCGCGUGUCCAGCUUCAUCGGGCGCGCGACGCUGCAGAACCUGCGACACAUCGACCUGCGCAUCGACCUCGGCCGCGGCCGCCACGGCAGCGCCUGGAUCUGGACGGGCCUGGCCGAGGACCUGCUCGACGUGCUCGCCGCCUCGAGCAGGCUGCUGUCCCUCCGCGUCAUCCUCAAGCUGUUCCAGACCCACAACCUCCGCCUCUGGGACAUUGAAAGCGGCGAGCGCUACUGGUACAAACGCCUGCUCCACAAGCUCGACUGGUUCAGGGCCAACCACUCGCAGGUCUGGUCGCCGCCCGUCAUCACGGUAGAGUACUGGGAGAUCAGACGUGAUUGGGUCUAUCUCUUGGACCCUUCUGGUCGCAACCCUGUUGCGACGUUAGGCAGAGUGACCGAUCCCCAACUAGUUCCCGGCUCCAUCACAGACUUUCUGGCCCCCUGA